AUGGGGGAUGUGAAAAUGGUGACAUCUACUCGAGUCUCCAAAACCUCCCUGACACUUAGCCCUCCUGUCCCUGCUGAAGCACCAGCAUUUACUCUUCCUCCUCGGAAUAUCCGAGUGCAGCUGGGAGCCAUCGCAAGAUUUGAAGGGAAGGUCAGAGGCUACCCUGAGCCUCAGAUCACGUGGUACAGAAACGGGCAUCCUGUCCCAGAGGGAGACCAUUAUGCUGUGGACCGCAGCAUUCGGGGGAUAUUCAGCUUGGUAAUCAAAGGUGUACAGGAAGGGGAUGGUGGUAAAUACACCUGUGAGGCUGCAAAUGAUGGUGGGGUUCGUCAAGUGACCGUGGAACUGACAGUGGAAGGAAACUCCUUGAAGAAAUACAGCCUGCCAUCCACUGCCAAAACCCCUGGGGGAAGACUUACUGUGCCAUCUGUGGAGCAUAGGCCAAGCAUCUGGGGAGAGUCUCCACCCAAGUUUGCUACAAAACCCAAUAGAGUUGUUGUGCGUGAAGGCCAAACAGGCAAAUUCUCAUGUAAAAUAACAGGACGACCUCAGCCUCAAGUAACUUGGUUUAAGGGUGAUAUUCAGUUGCAGCAAAAUGAGCGUUUCAACAUGUUUGAGAAAACAGGCAUCCAGUUCUUGGAAAUCCAAAAUGCUCAGCUUGCUGAUUCAGGAAUUUACACGUGCACAGUGGUAAACAGCGCUGGGAAGGCAUCUGUGUCUGCAGAGCUCACUGUUCAAGGUCCAGAUAAAACUGACACAUAUGCUCAGCCACCAUGCAUGCCAUCAAAACCAACACUUGCUGUUAAAGCCAUUGAAAAUUCAGAAUUCAAACAGGCAACUAGCAAUGGGAUUGCUAAAGAGCUGAAAUCCAGCAGCACUGAACUCAUGGUUGAAACCAAAGACAGGGUGUCAGCAAAGAAAGAGACCUUCUACAUCGCCAGAGAAGCCAAAGAUAGUAAGCAGGGACAGCACCAAGAAGCCAAUGCAGUGUCUCCUCAAGAACCUAAAGAAGGAAAAAAGGGAUCGCAGGUCUUGCAGAAAACUUCAAGCACCAUCACACUACAAGCUGUCAAACUGCAGCCAGAACCAAAGGCAGAACCCCAGGCCACUUUCAUCAGACAAGGUGAAGACAGGAAAAGGGCUGUGCAGCCCCUGAUGUCAGCUCCACAAACCCCACCUCUGACAGGGCAAGUCAGUCCAAGGAGCAGAGAAGCAGAAAACACAUCUGGAGGCCGGAAGGCUGUAAUGGAGGAGAAGAGGGAGCCUCUCGGAAUUCCCCCUCAGUUUGAGAGCCGUCCACAGAGCCUGGAAGCAUCAGAAGGCCAGGAGAUUAAAUUCAAGAGCAAAGUUUCAGGGAACCCAAAACCAAAUGUGGAGUGGUUCAAAGAGGGUGAAUCUAUUAAAGCUGGAGAAGAUGUCCAAAUAUAUGAAGAAGAUGGAAUUCAUUGCCUAUGGUUAAAGAAAGCCUGCUUGGGGGACAGUGGAUCUUACAGCUGUGCAGCCUUCAACCCAAAAGGCCAGACUUCCACCAGUUGGUUGUUAACUGUCAGAAGGCCUAAAGUUCAAGAGGUUGCUCCAUGCUUUUCCAGUGUCUUGAAAGGAUGCACUGUGAGUGAAGGGCAAGACUUUGUGCUGCAGUGCUGUGUAGGAGGCGUACCUGUGCCUCAGAUCACAUGGCUUCUCAAUGACCAGCCAAUUCAGUAUGCCCAUUCCACUUUUGAAGAUGGAGUUGCAAAAUUGACUGUCCAAGAUGCCCUACCAGAAGAUGAUGGCAUUUAUACCUGUCUGGCUGAAAACAACACAGGACAGGCAUCUUGCAGUGCUCAGGUCACAGUCAAAGAAAAGAAGAGCAGCAAGAAGGCAGAAAGUGCACAGGCUGCCAAGUUAAACAAGACUUUUGCACCCGUCUUCCUUAAAGGCCUGACUGACCUCAAAGUAAUGGAUGGAAGUCAAGUGAUAAUGACUGUGGAGGUAUCAGCUAACCCACCUCCUGAAAUUAUCUGGCUGCACAAUGGGAAAGAAAUCCAAGAGACAGAAGAUUUCCACUUUGAGAAGAAAGGCAAUGAGUACAGUCUGUACAUCCAGGAAGUAUUUCCUGAAGACACAGGCAAAUACACCUGUGAAGCCUGGAAUGAAUUAGGAGAAACUCAAACCCAGGCUACAUUGACAGUACAAGAACCUCAGGAUGGUAUUCAGCCCUGGUUCAUUAGCAAACCAAGAUCAGUGACAGCAGCUCCUGGGCAAAAUGUCCUUAUAUCCUGUGCCAUUGGUGGAGGUCCUUUCCCUCCUGUUCACUGGUUUAAAGAUGGGCAAGAAAUAAUGCCAGGAACAGCAUGUGAAAUCCUACAAAAUGAAGACAUCUUCACACUGAUCUUGAGGAAUGUGCAGUCUCGUCAUGCAGGCCAAUAUGAAAUUCAGCUCAGGAACCAAGUUGGAGAAUGCAGCUGCCAGGUGUCUCUGAUGCUGCGGGAGAGUUCAGCUUCCAGAACAGAAAUGCUCAGAGAUGGGAGGGAAUCAGCCAGCUCUGGAGAGCAAAGAGAUGAUGGAGAUCAUGGUAAACUAACAUUUGGUAGAACAAGUGGCUUCAAAAAGAACAGCAGUGAUACCAGAGCAGCUGAGGAAGAGCAGGAAGACGUCCGAGGCGUGCUGAAGAGGCGAGUGGAAACUCGGGAACACACAGAGGAGAGCCUGAGGCAGCAGGAAGCUGAGCAACUUGAUUUCCGUGACAUUUUAGGCAAAAAAGUCAGCACCAAACGUUUUUCUGAGGAGGAACUGAAAGAAAUCCCAGCCGAGCAAAUGGACUUCCGAGCAAACCUGCAACGGCAGGUCAAACCCAAGGCCUUGUCAGAGGAGGAAAGGAAAGUUCAUGCUCCUCAGCAGGUGGACUUUCGCUCUGUGCUGGCCAAGAAAGGCACCCCAAAAACCCCAUUACCAGAGAAGGUGCCACCUCCUAAACCAGCCAUUACAGAUUUCAGAUCUGUGCUGGGCUCAAAGAAAAAGCCACCUGCAGAGAAUGGCAGCGCUAGCACCCCAGCACCAAAUGCCCGCACAAAUUCUGAAGCCCAGAAUGCAACCCCCAAUUCUCAAGCCCCUGUUGCCAAACCAGCAGUGAAAAAAGAAGAGAAGAAUGACAGAAACUGUGAACAUGGGUGCGCAGUAGUGGAUGGCGGAAUAAUUGGGAAAAAAGCUGAAAACAAAGCAACAGCAAGCAAACCACCAGCAAGCAAAGGAAGGGCACCCUCCUUUACAGAGAAACUUCAGGAUGCUCAAGUAGUAGAUGGUGAAAAAUUGGUCUUACAGUGUCGGAUUUCCUCUGAUCCCCCUGCAGCUGUCACCUGGACUCUAGACAGCAAAACCAUCAAAUCAUCAAAGUCCAUUGUCAUCUCCCAAGAAGGGACACUGUGUUCACUUGCCAUUGAGAAGGCCAUGCCUGAAGAUGGGGGCGAAUACAAAUGCAUAGCUGAAAAUGCAGCAGGAAAAGUUGAAUGUGCUUGCAAAGUGCUGGUAGAAGAUGCCUCAUCCACAAAGACCUCAAAGCCUACUGAGAAGAAGACCAAGAAACCUAAGACCACACUUCCCCCUGUGCUGCCAACAGAGAGUAAGUGACAGUGA